AUGAAACUGUCAACAGGUAUUAGUCAAAAACUAUCUUCAAAUAUUGUAAAAUUAAACUGGAUUUUAGUUCUUGCAACUAUUCUCUUUGUUUGUUGCUCUUGUAUUAAUUCAAAACCAACUGAUUUUGAACAAUUAAGUGAACACCAAAUGCUCGAUAGUAUUUAUCCAACUAUCUUAUUUACUGAUGAUCUUGUUGAACGAGCAGCACCACGUCUUGGUCGUGCUUCACCUCGUCUUGGUCGUGCAUCACCACGUCUUGGUCGACAUAUUCCAGCUCAUAUUCUUUCACAUUUGAAUCAUGCUGACCGAUAUUAUAUUGGUGAUGAUGAUGCAACGUAUGAUUAUCCUCUUGAAGUAGAUUCUUCUCUUAAUGGAAGACGAGCAGCACCACGACUUGGCCGUUCUGUUUAA